UUGCGCAGCAACAUGCCUAAGUUUUAUUGUGACUACUGCGAUACAUAUCUCACUCAUGACUCUCCAUCUGUGAGAAAGACACACUGCAGUGGUAGGAAACACAAAGAGAAUGUGAAAGACUACUAUCAGAAAUGGAUGGAAGAGCAGGCUCAGAGUCUGAUUGACAAAACAACCGCAGCAUUUCAGCAAGGAAAGAUACCUCCUACUCCACUCUCUGCUCCUCCUCCUGCGGGGGCAAUGAUCCCACCUCCCCCCAGCCUCCGUAUGAUGCCAGCACCCCACAUGGGGGGCCCUCCCAUGAUGCCAAUGAUGGGCCCGCCUCCUCCUGGGAUGAUGCCUGUGGGACCUGCUCCUGGAAUGAGGCCGCCCAUGGGAGGCCACAUGCCAAUGAUGCCAGGGCCCCCCAUGAUGAGACCUCCCGCCCGUCCCAUGAUGGUACCCACCCGGCCAGGAAUGACUCGACCAGACAGAUAAGGGAAGAGGGGAGCCUCUUUCUAACAGUUCUAUAUAACUUGUUCUAUUUCGCCAGGAGAUCAUGGUGCUGGGACUCUGGGUGUUUCCAAACAGCAUGACAAGGAAUACU